CAAAAUUCCUGUCAAUAACGAUGAGCAACCAGAAGGAGCUAAGCUCCUCAGUGCAAGCAGACUCAAUCGAGAGUAUCUCAACAAUCCAAUAUUCGGUCUUCAGCAAAUGGCGAAAGCGCUACAUCGUGGGUCUCGUCGCCCUGGCUGCGUGGUUUUCAACUUUGAGCAGUUUCAUUUACUAUCCCUCCAUUCCACUAAUAUCCAAAGACCUACACCUAUCCAUUGCGCAAGUAGAUCUUUCUAUCACGACUUACAUGGCCAUCUCUGCAAUUGCUCCUUCUAUCACCGGCGAUGCCUCCGACAUCUAUGGGAGACGACCUAUGUAUCUCUUCACUCUCGGUCUGUAUCUUAUUGCGAACAUUGUUCUUGCGACUCAAUCCUCAUUUUUUGGCUUGUUGUUGCUGAGAAUGCUACAGAGUGCUGGUAUAUCCGGAGCCUUCUCGAUUGCGUAUGGCGUCGUUACUGAUGUCGCGAUGCCGUCCGAAAGAGGAUCAUAUGUUGGGGCCCUGACCUUCGGAAUCACUAGUGCUCCCGCCCUUGGUCCUCUAAUUGGUGGAGCUAUCUCUCAUAGCCUAGGCUGGCGAUGGAUAUUCUGGUUCUUAAGCAUCGUGUCCGGCGCAUGUCUCACAGCAGUGAUGCUCCUGCUCCCUGAAACCGCACGCGGAGUGGUUGGAAACGGAAGUCUCAGACCACCUCCAUAUUCUCGUCUCCUCGACUUACCAGGCUCAACACUCAAGACUUCAACGUCGUCCUCCGAAAGCACUCCAAUGAAAAGAAAACGCUCGUUUCCAAAUCCGUUGAAAUCUCUAACGCUGCUUCUCUCCAAAGACAAUGCUGCAGUUGCGUUUGCUGGAGCUUUCCUUUACACAACGUUCUGCUGUAUCUCUGCAUCGCUGGGGACACUAUUUGUCAAUAUUUAUCAACUCAAUGAACUACAAGCAGGGCUGAUCUACCUUCCUUUCGGGAUUGGUUGCUCCCUGGCUGCAAUUACUUCCGGGAAGUUGAUUGAUCGUGACUACCGGAUCAUGGCAAAGCUGCAUGGUCUAUCAAUUGACAGAGUUCGAGGCGAUGACUUGAGAAGUUUUCCAAUCGAAAUGGCACGGUUAAGAAGUGUUUUUGUGCCUCUGGUUGUUUCUGUUGUAUCAGUGAUUGGCUUUGGCUGGGCGGUGGAGAAGGUAGCGCCUUUAGCUGUACCUCUGGUCAUCCAAUUUAUCUCCGGUCUUGCCAUACAGACCUGCUUCAAUGCGACCAAUACACUCCGAGUCGACAUCAAUCCCAGAGCGCCUGCAGCUGCUCAAGCGUCUAGUAAUUUCGUGCGAUGCACUCUCGCUGCCAUAGCAGUGGCGUUCCUCCAAGAUAUAAUUGAUCGCAUAGGUGUGGGACCAACCUUCACCUUCUUCGGAUGCUUGUGCUCUCUUUCUGGCGUACUAUUCGUCAUUGAGAGGAAAUGGGGGAUGAAAUGGAGGCUUCAAAGACUUGAGUUUACUUGAAAUAGUAAUUCAAAUGUCA